UCGGAAGGCUCAGUCACUCUUUUGUCUUGAACUAGUCGACAUCGUUCGCUCCAAAAGACUCCCAACAAACAAUGGCUCCGAAGAACGAAAACUUGUGCGCUUUGGUGUACGGUCCAAACGAUUUACGCCUUGAGCCUCGUCCAAUCCCGGAACCGGCAUUCAACGAAGUAGUGGUCGAAGUGGACAGCUGCGGAAUAUGUGGAACUGACAUUCACUUCCUGAAGGACGGUGGUUUCGGUGCGCAGAGAUUGGUUAAACCUAUCGUGCUCGGACACGAGUCAGCCGGCGUAGUUCGAAGGGUCGGUAGUAAGGUGACUCAUUUGAAGGUCGGAGAUCGUGUCGCAAUUGAACCGGCCGCUGGAUGUCGGACAUGCGAUCUGUGCAAGGUCGGUAAAUACAAUAUUUGUUUAGAUGGAAAGCAUUGUACAACGCAAAAGCACGAUGGGAAUUGCUCUAAUUAUUACGCUCAAUAUGCGGACUGUUGCUUCAAGUUACCCGAUCACGUAACGAUGGAAGAAGGAGCUCUGCUAGAACCACUAGCAGUAGCGGUUUAUGCAGGACGAAGGGCACAGAUUGGACUUGGAAACAAAGUGAUCAUUUUUGGAGCCGGCCCAAUCGGACUGGUAUGCUUGAUUGCUGCAAAGGCUAUGGGAGCUACAAGAACGGUAAUUUUGGACUUGGAGCAUGCCAAGCAUCGAUUGGAAGUGGCCAAGAAAUUGGGCGUGACUGGAGUGAUUGCUAUCAAAAAGGAAGAUCAAGAAGACGAUUUGGUGCGAAAGAUUCAUGAGAUAUUGGGCGGACCAGCCGAUCGGGUGUUGGAAUGUACCGGUUCUCAACCAGGCAUGAGGAUCUCGAUCAAGGCUACCAGAAAUGCCGGUAGGAUCUGUUUGGUGGGUUUGGGCAACAAAGAUGUUCAGCUACCGAUGGUCGAUGCAAUCUCGAGAGAGAUCGACAUCACAACCUGUAUGCGAUACAAUCACGACUACCCAGCAGCUCUGGAGAUAGUGGCGAGCGGUUACGUUGACGUAAAACCCCUAGUAUCGCACCAUUUCGACUUGGCGAACGUACAUGAAGCAUUCAGAGUGGCCAGUCAAGGGGAGGGUAUCAAGAUCAUGAUCCACUUGGUUCCCAGAGACACUAACAAUGUCAAAAAAUUUGUCAACUAGAUUUUCUUCGAAAAAUAAAACUAAACAAAUAAA